GAAUUUCCACAGCCUGGAUUGCAAGAAAAUUAAAAAAAAAAAUUUAGGAACAACACUCAAGAAGCACGAAGAAGGCUUAAUCAGGAAGAUUGGCUCGACUCACACAACCCCCAGCUCUCUACGAAAAAAACACUACUACUACUGCUAACAAAUAAUCACAUUCCUCUCGAGAUUAGCAUGCAACCGACUACAGAUAUUCUUAGGACACAAAAAGUAAUAAACUACCUAGACCCUAGACUAACCUUCUGGGUACAAAUGCUGCACGUCGUAGGAAAGGCAGCAAAGAUCACUUCCCAACUGAGCCGACUAAUGGCCAACAUAGUAAGCCCCUCCAAGAAAAGAGAAAGCUCCUAAUGUCGACGGCAAUCUUCUUUUUCUUUACUGGCGUGGACACCGCUUACGCGAUUAUAGCCGAGUUAACAACAGCGCCCCAGUCGUUUCUUCUUUUCGCAAGGUUGCACCAAUUGUAGAUUCCAAGCGAAGCCAGGUCCUUCUCGACCUGGUCUUUCCAACGGAGUGGAGGUCUUCCUCUCCCUCUGCUUGCCCCAGAGGGUAUUACGUCGAGUACUUUCAGAGCUGGAGUGUUUUCGCCCAUAUGUACGACAUGACUAUGUCAAUGUCGUCGUAUAUCUCAUACAGCGUAUGGGAGGGUGAGACGUGCUUAAAAGGGAAAACUUUAAAUAUAAAAGUCUUAAUUUUCUAGUUUUCAUCCUUAUUUUGUAGUUAGGUCACAAUAUGUGUACAUGAAGAAAUAUGCAAGAGGUAAACCGCUUUAUUUUAAGCUAGUUUCUCUUUUCACCAUGUAAGAGAUUACCCAGAUUAUAGAUUCAAAUUUAUUGAUGUUAUUUAAAAUAGCGUGCUCUUCGUAAAACGUAAACAAGUAAUCUUUCGAUUUCGUACUAUCUAAUUCUAAAAUAUAAAUACAUCAGUUUUGUUAAAUAACGCCAAUACAUGCAUAAUAUUGUGUACAUGUAAGAGUAGUGUAACCAGGUUGUCCUGCACAGUGUACACCUCUUCAUACAGUAACUAUAAGUAGGAACCGUCAUAAGUGUCAUUCUAAUUUUAUUUAUACAUAUUUAUAUCUACAUAUGUACAUAUAUAUUCAUAUGUAUGUAUGUAUAUAAAUAUAUUGUGUGUAAAAACAAGCGAGAAUACAUAAUUAUUUUUGAUUUGAUUUUGUGUGAUAUGUGACUACCUCAUAGUGGGCAGAGCAGUCAUUGCAUCAUUCACAGAAUUCAAUCAAAGCAAUGUGGUCGAUUCCCAACGGAGAAAAAUUGAAAGUAAAAAUCAAAACAACUCACUGAAGAAAACAGUGUGAAAAAUAGUUGCGUGUGUUGUUUCUGAGUAUUUAGCAGUUUAAACAAGUUCUUUUGAAAAAUACAGGAAAAAGGACGUGGGACAAAUUUACUUUUAUUAUUUUUUCAAAACAGAUGCGAUCAUAUCAUCUAUGUAAUUGUAUUUCGUUGCUUAGUUGCAUAAGUGAUUUUUGCGCGUUUUUAUAUUGAAAAAAUAAAAAAUAGUGUUAUAUAAACAUAUAAUAGUUCAAAAUGCAUAUUCAUCCAAGUUCGUCUGAAUCUAAUUUUGGCCAACUAAUUCUGAGGGAAGAAACCGCAGCCAUCAAAAUACAAGCUGGAUUUCGUGGCUACCGCGUAAGAAAACAUAUGCAAAAUCAAUCACAAAUCAAUGCACCGAAUUUCUAUAUACAGGAAAGACAGCAGCAGAUGUCGGAUCCAUUGCAUAUAAAUAUAGGAAAUAGCACAACAUUACAAAAUAUUAACACAACCGCAAAUAAAAAUAGUUCUAAAUUAGAAGUAGAAAUAACUACAAAGGAAGAUCAAUGCGCUACUAAAAUACAAGCAAGUGUACGUGGUUUUUUGGUGCGAAAGAAACAGAAAAUUGCAAUGGAUGCGGCAACAAAAAUACAAGCAAGCUUCCGAGGCUUCAAAGCGCGGAAAGAAACACAACACUUGAAACAGAAAUAAAAUUAACCUAGUGUAAUAACAUAAUGACUGCUAGUUACCUGUAAAAUUGACAUAUAUGUAUAAGUAUGUUUUUUUAAUUACUUUCUCAAUAUAUGUUCUUAAAUUUUCUUAAAUGCUCUUAGCAAAAAAUAUUUUUUCUGAUCUGAGCAUAAAACAUAAUUGUUCUGACCAUAGAAUAUUCAGUGCUUUUACGCUGUUAGCGAUUUGUUUGCUUUUUAUUCACUUAAUUGCUGUCUUUGUUGCUAAUAAUGCCAGAAAAAGUUAUUAUUGGGGUAUUUCAUUUGUAAGCAUAAAUAUACAGAAUUCGAUGCAGGUAUGGUAUAAGCUAAAACAUUCAUUUGUGAAUCUACAUACAUAUGUACUAUGUUGUGCAAAUGAAUUAAUAAAGUGUUUGUAUCUUCCAAUUAAGCGGUCUUGAGAAAUUAGAAAUCAUUUAUACAAAUCCAAAGGCUUAUAAUUAAUUUUCCGUAAUUUCGCUUUGCCAUAAUUUCGUGUUUACAAAAAUUAUAAAUCAUCAAAAUACUAAUAUUUUGCUAUUGGUAGAAAUAAAAUAAGUUUGUGAAAUUUUAGGAAUAUUUUUAUUUACUAACAAUAUUAAGACCUUAAAACAUUAUGAAUGCUUAUAUGUCAGUAUGAAUAGUUGUUAAGUUUGGCCACACAGCAAAAAUAUUGCAUUUAUGUACAUAUAUGUAUUUAUUUAUUUAUUUAUUUAUAACAAUUCAUAUAACAAAAAGAGUUUUAUUAUAUAAAUACAUAAA